AUGUGUUCGGCGACGUGUGGGCAAGGAGUCCGGCAUAGAGAAGUGUUUUGCCAACGAGGUCGCCGAAUGCGAGCGCCAGAUUCUGUCUGCGACUCGUUGCGCAGACCGGCCACCACGUCCAACUGCUACCUGACAGCGUGUCCAGCCUAUCACUGGGCCACUACGCCAUGGUCCAAGUGCGUGGAUUCGUGCGCAAGGAGUGAACAACAUCGCCGUGUGUACUGCGUGAAUAACGCAGGAAGACGCGCCGCCCCACGUAUGUGCGACUCAGCUCAUGCUCCGCCCAGUAAGAGACAAUGUGAUAUUUCCAAGUGCCCUUAUGAGUGGGUUCCCGGACCGUGGAACACCUGUUCCAAAACAUGCGGAAAGGGCACCCAGUUUCGCUUUGUAGAGUGUCGUGUAAAAACGCUAAACGCUACUAGGAACAGUGAAGCAGCCGUGCCUAAAGAGAAAUGUGAUGCACUACCAAUGCCCAUCGAAUCCCAAGAGUGCGAUUUGAAUGCCUGCGAAUCCGAAUUCCAGUGGCAGAUCGGACCAUGGGGAGCGUGCUCUCAAACCUGUGGACAAGGUGUACGACGACGUAAAGUGCGUUGCUAUAAUCGUAUGGGAGUGUUGGUGGCACGUGGUAAUUGUGAGAAGAAUUCGCCUCGUCCUCGUCGAACACAAACUUGCUUCCAAAGAAAUUGUUUGCCAGCCACUUGCCAAGAGAUCCGUGCACAGAAUAUUGUCUCACAUUCUGUCGAUGGAAAUUACACGGUACUACUAGACGGAUUCCCGGUCGUCGUCUAUUGUCACCGAAUGAACGAAACGAUUCCAAAGUCCUACAUCAACCUGAAUCCUGUAACGAAUUUCGCCGAAGUGUAUGGAAAGCGCUUAAUCUACCCUCAUACUUGCCCAUUCAAUGGCGAAAGGAAUGAUUCAUGUCAGUGUACCGAUGACGGCGAUGCGAACGCCGGUUUGACCCAUUUCAGAAAAGUUCGAGUCGAUUUGCUCAAUCGCAAAAUCAACAGUAAGUUAUGCAUAUGCAUACAGUUACGUCUUCGAUAG